AUGGACAAGAUCACAUUCUCCAGCAACGAAGGAAAGCCGAUUAGAUGCAAAGCAGCAGUAUGUAGAAAAGCAGGAGAAGCAUUUGUAAUAGAAGAGAUCCAAGUUGAUCCACCUCAAGCUUACGAAGUUAGGAUCAAGAUCCUAUGCACAUCUCUGUGUCACACCGAUGUUACUUUCUGGAAACUAGACAGUGGACCGCUUGCGAGGUUUCCUAGGAUUCUAGGACACGAAGCAGUCGGAGUGGUCGAGAGCAUUGGUGAAAACGUGGACGGAUUUAAACAAGGCGACGUCGUUUUGCCAGUGUUUCAUCCUCAGUGUGAAGAAUGCAAAGACUGCAAGUCCUCAAAGAGCAACUGGUGCGCAAGAUUUGCAGACGAUUUCUUACCCAACACAAGACGAUAUGGAAUGGCUUCAAGAUUCAAAGACUCUUCGGGACAAGAUAUUCACCAUUUAAUCUUUGUCUCGAGUUUUACCGAAUAUACCGUCAUUGAUAUCGCACAUCUCGUCAAAAUUUCACCUGAAAUUCCUGUUGAUAAAGCGGCUUUGCUCAGCUGCGGUGUCGCCACAGGACUUGGAGCAGUUUGGAAAGUGGCUGACGUGGAGGAAGGUUCCACCGUUGCAAUCUUUGGCAUUGGAGCUGUUGGACUUGCGGUUGCAGAAGCAGCCAGGCUACGUGGGGCUGCAAAGAUAAUUGGAGUGGAUCUCAAUCCCGACAAAUUUGAAAUAGGUAAAAGAUUCGGGAUCACCGAUUUCGUCAACUCUGCUUUGUGCAAGGAGAAGACUAUUAGCCAGGUGAUUAAGGAAAUGACAGGAGGAGGAGUUGACUACAGUUUUGAAUGCAUUGGUUUAGAACCUUUAAUGGAGGAGGCUUUCAAUAGCACUCGCACGGGAUCGGGAAAAACGGUAAUAUUGGGGAUGACAAAACAUAGGUUGCCAAUAAGCUUGGCUAGUCAUGAUAUUCUCAGAGGCAGAACUAUAUGUGGAACUUUAUUUGGCGGUCUCAAACCCAAACUUGAUAUUCCCAUUCUCGUGGAUCGUUAUUUGAAAAAGGAGCUUAAUUUGGAUGGUUUUAUCACACACGAACUAAGGUUUGAGGAAAUUAACAAGGCAUUCGAUUUAUUGAUGGAAGGAAGCACUAUCCGAUGUGUUUUAUGGAUGGAUAAAUAA